AUGGCGAAACGUUUAGAUGGAAAAAUUAAAACACCCAAUAGUGGCCCAAAUUUUAAAUCCAAGUCAGAUUUGAAACAAGUGGAACAAAUCAGACGAGAAGAAAAAGCUUUACUAGAAAAACAGAAACACAGAGAGUUAAAAGUCUUAGAACAUCAGCUCCGUGAAGUACGAUUAAAACCCAUUUGUGCCAUGUUAACGGAAUUGUCACGAAAAAAAUAUGAACACGACCGAAAGUAUCGUGAACAAUUAGAUUGGGAGCAUUGGAUACGAUGUGACGGCACUCCCAAUCCUCAAGUUGUGCAGGAACUGAAUACGUAUCUGUUUGUUGAGAGACAAGUUUUUCAUACUUGUGACGAUAAAAACUCAUAUGUGGAAAAAUGUUUAGAAAUAUUCAAAAUUAUGGACGCAGUAGACGACAUCGUGGAUUUACCGUUAGAUUUCAAUCAGUUUAAAUUACAAUGUUUCCGAGAAGCCAGAGAUAAUUUAGGAAGGCUACUGGUAGAAAUCGUGUAUGGAAUUAGUUACCACCUGUUGAGUGAUUACGAUCGCAGAAUGGAUCCUAUAGAUUUAGAAACUGUUGCAUAUCGAAACUCGUGCGAAGCAUUUGCUGUUGGCUUACACGUGGUGUGCCAUAGACCCAGGUUGUUGACUGACGACCGACCUCCACCAAAAUGUGACUUCCCCGAAUGUCUUGUCAUGGUCGAUGUUCCACCACAACUAUCACAACAGUACAUGGCAGUAAUGGCUUUAUGGCUACGCUGGGACCCUUUUACUGAUAGAAUGGCUGAAUUUGAUGUCUCAAAAUCAUUUGAAAUGGAUACCCGAGAUCUGUGGCAGUACUCUGAAGAUGUAUGGAAAGAACAGAACCAGAUAGUACAGUUAAUUAAUGAAAAGAAGGAACGAUUAAGUAAAAAAUUGUGGAUGGAAAAAAUGGAAGAAAAACUUAAGGCGUUUGCGGAGGUAGAUCGAAAUAGUUAUCCAGAAGAUCUUAUAACAUAUUUGGAUGAACUUGAAAAAAAUGAUCCUUCUACUCGUGUUUGUUCAACAACCAAUUAUGUAGAUAAUGAAGAUAAAGAACGAGAAAAUCAUCAAGAUGAUAAAGGCGAUAUAAAAGACGAACUUCAGAAACUAGUAGAACCUGAAACCACGAAGCCAAUUCAUAAUAAAAUUGAUAUCGGAAAUACUCCAAGUCAGGAAAUAGAAAAGAGGCAAUUGGAACAGAUAGAAGAUAUUUCUAAUUCAUUAAAAUACUCGGAGAAACCCAAUGAGCUCAAUCCUAGAAGAUAUUGGAUUAUUGGCGGAGCAUUUAACGUGGAAAUGUGGAAGCUUCCUAUGCAGCCCGUUGAAUUCGAAGACGGAUCAGUAGGCGUGUUAAUUGUCGGACCCACUGCACUUCAACCCAUCGAUUAUCAUGAAAAAUACGAACCGAUACAAUUAUCCAUGGGUUUUUCAUCCACAUCGUCUGAAGACGAAGAAACUGAUGUAAAAAAACAAAACCAAGAAGCACUUAAGAAACUUGCGCUGAUAAAUAUCAAGUUGCCGGAAAAUGUGCUUUGGUUUGAAAAUCCCAAACCAGCAAUGUGGAACGAAGACAAAAAAAAUUGGACAACUGAAUUCAUAUACGAUAUCAGAUUCAACGAGGAGAAGCAAAUGGUAUCGUUUCGGGCUGGCCGGAUGGGUUCGUUCGGGCUGGCCGUCAACCGGUACACGAACUUCCCGUUUCAGUCGUGGGAGAUACGGCCGGAAGGUAGUGGUGAAGACGCCGGCGUCAUCCUGUCGGUGACCGCAGCCACCGUGCUGGUAGAGUUCGCGGUGCGCGAAGACCAAGCCGCCAUGGUGCAACUGCAGAACGCCACAACGGUGGCGCUGCAGGAGAUGAUCGGCGUGUACCAUCGGCCGGACAAGUUGAUCCGGUUACUGCGUCGCGGCGGCGUCAACUUGUUUCCGGAACCGGACGCUCGGCACUACGUGGACGGCCGCCGACCGCCCAAACACGCGGUGGCCGAGCGACACGCAUACCGUUGCAUGGCCGUGCUCAGCGGGACGCACCAAUUCGCCGCGUCCCGGUGGAACGUGCACGCGCCCUUCGACCGCAUGGUGAUGCAGAUGAAGGAGACGCAACCCGCCGUCGAGGCGGACGGCGGCAUCGAGACACCGUCGACGACCAGUGGACAGGCCAGCGUCGCCCCGUACAAGAUGGUUAUGGUGACGCCGGAACGGGCUGUGCUGCUCAAGUGCACCGAGGUCAGCCAGGUGUUCUCCGAGGAACCGCUGGAGAAGCCAUCUGAUGUCACCGAGGCCGGUCAGCAGUACGCGCCCGACUUGUUGACGCUGGUCGGUCGUGAAACUUCCGGCGUAGACUUCAAGGCCACCGAAACGCUAUUUUAUCUGAUGGACAAGAUCAAAUUUCUGAGUUAUUCUUAA